GUACUAAAAAAAAAAAAAAUAUGAUAACAAGUUUCUUACAGUUGUUUUUACGUUUAUUUUGUAUCUGCUAAAUUAAGAAAUAAUGUUAAAUUAAAUAUCUACUAUAAAUUAGGGUUCAAUUAUAGGUUUUAUAUAAUUAAUGAGUCAUGAUAUGGCAAAUAGCAUUAAUAGUAACCACAGUAAAAAUAUUUUUUAUACCAUUGUACCGUUCUACUGAUUUUGAAGUUCAUAGAAAUUGGUUAGCAAUCACUCACAAUUUAUCUAUAGACCAGUGGUAUUAUGAUUCGACAUCGGAAUGGACUCUGGAUUAUCCCCCAUUUUUUGCUUGGUUGGAGUAUAUCCUGUCGCAUAUGGCUAAAUGGUUUGACCCGAAAAUGCUCCAUGUGACCAAUUUAAAUUAUGAUUCUGAUAUGACUAUUCUGUUCCAAAGAUUAUCAGUGAUGGCAUUGGAUUUAAUUUAUAUACUUGGUGUUAAAAGUUGUUCUAAUUUAAUAGGAAAUGGAAAGCUUCUUGUGUUUAUAUUAUUGGUGUCCAAUCCAGGAUUGUUAAUGGUUGAUCAUAUACAUUUUCAAUAUAAUGGAUUGUUGUAUGGUUUUCUUCUUUUGUCAAUAUCAAACAUGAUAACAAGUAAUUAUAUUCAGGCUGCUACAUGGUUUGCUGUAUUAUUAAAUUUGAAACACAUAUAUGCCUAUGUGGCACCUGUAUAUAUUGUUUAUUUGCUAAGGGCAUAUUGUUUUACAAUCUCAUCCAGUGAUGGUAUUCACACACCAUGGUAUUCCUUCUCUAUUACAAAUUUGUUUAAACUGGCUAUUACUGUCACAAUAGUGUUCAUUUUGUCAUUUGGGCCUUUUAUAGAUCACUUACCACAGUUACUAUCAAGAUUAUUUCCAUUCAAAAGAGGUUUAUGUCACGCAUAUUGGGCUCCAAAUUUUUGGGCACUGUAUAAUUUUGGUGAUAAAGUUUUGCAACAGAUUUUGCCAAAGUUGGGAAUCAAUGUGCCAAAACUGGAAGCUUCCAUGACUGGUGGCCUGGUUCAGGAAUAUGAUCAUAUUGUAUUGCCCACUAUAAAACCAUGGAUGACAUUUAUAUUAGCUGGAUUUUCAAUGCUUCCUGCCCUAAUAAAACUUUGGUGUCUUUGUGCUGAUAGGAGGUACAGAGCUCUAAGUUUUAUAAGGUGUCUUAUCGUAUGUGCAACUUGCUCUUUUAUGUUUGGGUGGCAUGUUCAUGAAAAGGCAAUACUUAUGCUCUUAAUACCACUAAGCUUUAUGUCCGUGCUGGGAGAUGAAGACGGAAAAUUGUUCUUGAUUAUAUCUACAGUUGGUCAUUAUUCCCUUUUUCCUUUGUUAUAUCCAAAGAACUUAUUGGCUAUCAAAAUAUUUAUGUUGUUGACACAUACUGCAAUUGGUUUUGGUAACAUUCCAUCUUUAUAUGAAGUACCCCAAAAGUCGAAAAGUAGUAAAAGACGUCGGGCGUUUAUGCGUUUACCCAUGCUUAGUCAUAUAGAAUCAUUAUACAUAUAUGGUUUGUUGAUUUUAUGUAUUUAUGAAAAUGUUCUUCAUGCAGCAUUCGGAUUGGAUAGAACUUUACCAUUUUUACCCCUAAUGCUUACAUCUGUCUACUGUAGCAUAGGAGUAUUUUAUUUCUGGAUUCGCUACUAUUACUACUUUUUGACUUUUAAUCUUAGUAAACUGCCUAUGGUAGGUUCCGUAAAUUUAAGUGUAUAUGCAAAAAAAGUAAAUUAAAUGACUGAAAUGUUAAA